AGACGACAUUGACAAAGGUCAGUGCCGUCAACGGCGUUUGUAUUGUGUGUGUAAAUUUCAUGAUACUGCGACGCUCAACAGCUUGUAUAUUUGCCUUACAGAAAGCGUUUCUCACGAGUGAAACAGCGGCAAUGGCUAAGAAAUCUGCUAUCGUUUUGUUAGCAGAGGGAGCAGAAGAAAUGGAAUUUGUGAUAUCCGUUGAUGUCUUGCGUCGUGCCGGCGUAAAUGUCACUGUGGCUGGGGUGGCAGGAAACAGCCCUGUGAAAUGCAGUCGUGAUGUUGUAGUGUGCCCAGAUUUAAGUUUGGUGGACGCUGUUAAGAAAGGGCCAUAUGAUGUAGUGGUGCUUCCUGGUGGCCUCGGAGGGUCAAAGAAUCUUGCAGCAUCAAACGAGGUUGGUUCAUUGUUGAAGGAACAGGAAAAAUCUGGCCGUCUGAUAGCAGCAAUCUGUGCUGCUCCAACUGCUCUGAAAACACACGGUGUUGGUACAGGGAAAAAAGUGACAUCAUAUCCCACAUUCAGGAAUGAAAUGGAGGAGGGUGGAAAAUAUAUAUAUAGUGAAGACAAAGUAGUAGUUGAUGGCAACUUCAUCACAAGUCGUGGACCAGCCACAGCAUUUGAUUUUGCCCUUGCUGUUGUGGAAAAUCUGCUGGGGCAAUCUGCAGUGGAACCUGUUGCAAAACCAAUGUUACUUGUUUAAAUUAUCUGAUAAAUAAUCUGUAUAUCAUAUUUCAAAUAAUAAACAUAAGUUUACAGUAUAAA